CGUUGCGACUGCGCGCGCACCCCUUCAUUGGUGACGUCACGCGUGUCGUCCCUCUGCGUAUAAAGAAAGCUUCCAAGGCGGGAUUUUCGAUUUCUCUUCCCGCCGGUAUAGUCUUAACAUUAUUUGUUCGAAAUAACUAGUUUUUUUUUUUUUUUUCUUUUUUUCUUCUUCUCCUCUACCUUCUUUAUGUUUAUAUUGUAUUUAUAAUCGAAGGUUUAAGAGACAUGGACUGUCUGAAUGUGGCCCGGAUUCUGCCCAACUCUCCCCGGCAGGCCAGCAGCAGGGGACAAAUUCAGGUCAUUUUCGGGCCCAUGUUCUCGGGGAAAAGCACGGAGCUGAUGCGCCGGGUCCGCCGUUUCCAGGUGGCCCAAUACCGUUGCCUCGUUGUCAAGUACGCAAAGGACACGCGCUAUUCGGAAGGAGGCGUGGCCACGCAUGACAGGAACACCAUGGAGGCUGUACCUGCCAGUUGCCUGCAGGAAAUAUACUCCUUGGCACUGGAAGCUACUGUCAUUGGCAUUGAUGAAGGACAGUUUUUCCCAGACACGGUGGAGUUCUGCGAGGAAAUGGCCAACAUGGGCAAGACGGUCAUCAUUGCUGCACUGGAUGGCACUUUUCAGAGGAAGCCUUUCGGGAACAUUCUGAACCUGGUGCCACUGGCGGAGAGCGUGGUGAAGCUGAAUGCCGUCUGCAUGGAGUGCUUCAAGGAGGCCUCCUACACCAAGAGGCUCGGAGAAGAGAAGGAGGUGGAGGUGAUUGGGGGGGCAGACAAGUACCAUGCUGUAUGCAGGGCUUGCUAUAGCAGCCUGACAGCAGGGAAGGAGAACCGUGCCCCCCCAAGAGAGGAGAUGCCCUCACAGGCCAUCCCAGGGAAGAUGCGGGAAGUGGGUGCCCCACGCAAGCUCUUUGCCUCACUACAGCUCGAAGGUGGAAGUCGAUUUUGACAGUGCAUCCGAAAUCUAAACCGAACCCUACCACUGACAAGGGUACUUGCUGUAAAUGAAUAUGAAGGGCUUUACUAAAAACAUAGUUGGCAUGGUUAGCCUACUGCAUUCUCUAGAGUUAUGUCAAUAGGGCACAUGGCAAAGUAUGUGGGGUUUUUUUCUUUUUUUAAAAAGUGUUUUUACCUUUCUUGGGUUACAUAGGCUAUCAAAAUGCCUCAUUCACAUGGAUUUGUUUCAUAUAUUUAAGUUGUGCAUUUGCAAGGGGAGGGAUGGGUUACUUGAUCAUUUGUAUUGCAGGUUUAGUCACCAUGCCUGUGCUUUUCAUAAAGGGCAUUCAUGUUCAUGCCUUUGUGUAAAAAUGUAUAUAAACAUUGUUAAAGGGUGCAGUGGUUAUGGGAAACAGGGCCCCUGUUGUAUUAGCAGUGGGAGUCCAUGGAGCCUUAUAUUUAAUGUGUUUCCAGCCAGCAGUCACUAUUCCAACUAAUGACCUCAACUCACUGCCAGCCAAACCUCAAGUGUAAAAUGUUCAGUAGUUUUAAUAUAAUAAAACUGACUUUGAUUGCUGUCUUUACUGGACAAGAUUUGUCUUUUCCUAGUCAGUACAGCUCCCCGUUGAGGCUGAUAAAAGAUGGGAGACGUGAAAUUUAGCAUUACGGGGAUUAGGUAGCACUGCUGCACACAAGUCCCUUAAACCAUUUAGGUGAACUGCAGUCG